CCCAAAUCGUAACCUAUAGGACUGUAACUGUAACACAUACUAAUUUUCUAGACAGUGCUCCAUUGAAGUACUCAAACCUUUCAGUUGCCUUGCAGUUGUUAUAGUUGCGCAAAAGCCAAUCAAUGGCUGAAAAUAACGUUUCAGAUGAUGCUAAUAAUUCGACUGAUUUAUUCUCUGCAGUUCUUUAUGUUACUGAUUCUGAUGCAACAAAUAGUGAAAGAACGUAUAACGGAUCUCAAAACGAAUUGUUUCAACAUAUAAUAAACACUUCAAAUAAUAGCUUUAAACCUGAUGAGUCAAUUACAGAGAAUAUAGAAAAAACUUCUUGGUCAAUCAUAGAUAAUUCUCAAAUAAACGGAACUCAUGAAACUGUUCAGCAACCAACGAAUAAACUAGUUAAUAACAGUGAAACGAAUAACCACGGAUCUCAAGUUUUUGAUUCAACCAAUUAUAGUUCUUUACCAAAACAAGCGAUUCAUUUGGAUCUGAUACAGUCUGCAUAUACGCAGACUGACCUUUCAUCGAUAGAAGCUCCAAAUUCUAGUUUACGUAAUAAAAGCAACAGCCCUGUCAGAGAGAAACGGUGUCUAACUAUUCGAAGUGAUGAAGUAGAAAUUGCUGCGAGGAUUAACGUCAACAUUAAGCUGAUCAAAAAUAGUAGUUCAUCAGAAUCUGAUUUGGAAAAUGCAGUACCAGACCAAAAAAUCAUAUCACAAGAUUGCGGUUCAUCAAACAAUAAAAAAGCAUUCAUUGACUAUAACAUGAUGAAAAUACUUACGAAGAUAUAUGGAGAUGCCUGGAGAUCGUCCAAAAUGAUAAACCAUUGUAUUCCAAAUAACAUAGAAACCAAAGAACAACGGACACAUAAUUUUGGAUUACAAAAAAUAUUGAAAUCUGAAAAAGUUCUUGAUGGUCAUAAAGACAAACUACUAAGCCAAAUGUAUAAUCUAUUUAAUGAAAAAGUAUUUUCGAAUAAAUUGGAAGUUCCGAUUACUUGGAAUAAAAGGCUGCGCAGCACUGCAGGAAGAUGUUUUAAUCUUAAAAAGUGCAUUUGAAAAAGGUUCUACAAGCUAGACUAGGAAAGAUUCGUCACACCAAAGAUGUAUUCCGUG